AUGAGCACAUUCGGAAGUCCAGGACCAUUGCCCUCGACAAAGCCUGUCCCACCACAGAGGGGAAGCUUCCCACUGGAUCAUGAUGGAGAGUGCAAACAUAUCAUGACGGCCUACAUCGACUGUAUCAAGAAGGUCAAAGGGAUGAAUGAGGACGAGUGUCGAAUGCUGGCUAAGUCCUACCUGGGCUGCCGAAUGGACCGCAACCUGAUGGCGAAGGACAGUUUCAAAAAUUUGGGGUUCAAGGAGAAGCCCAAAACACCUGGCGGCCACGGCGGCCGGCAGGAAACGGGGGUUAAAGGGGAACUCCGGUGGUGA